CGAUCUGGGUCGUGAUUGGCUUGUCCCCAACGCCCCCGGAACUCAGGGGUUCUCGCGCGAAGGCUGAAGGGAGUGUGGCAGGCGGCAGAGAACCCGGCCGGCCGGAAUGCCUCGGUACGCGCAGCUAGUUAUGGGACCCGCGGGCAGCGGGAAGAGCACCUACUGUUCCACCAUGGUUCAGCACUGUGAAGCCCUCAACCGUUCUGUCCAGGUGGUCAACCUGGACCCCGCAGCAGAGCACUUCAGCUACCCUGUGAUGGCUGACAUCCGGGAACUGAUCGAGGUGGACGAUGUGAUGGAGGAUGAUUCUCUGCGGUUUGGUCCCAACGGAGGAUUGGUAUUCUGCAUGGAGUACUUUGCCAACAACUUUGACUGGCUGGAAAACUGCCUGGGACACGUUGAAGAUGAUUACAUCCUUUUUGACUGUCCAGGUCAGAUCGAGCUGUACACACAUCUGCCUGUGAUGAAGCAGCUGGUCCAGCAGCUUGAACAGUGGGAAUUUCGAGUGUGCGGAGUAUUCCUUGUUGAUUCUCAGUUCAUGGUGGAAUCUUUCAAGUUUAUUUCUGGCAUCCUGGCGGCUCUCAGUGCCAUGAUUUCUCUAGAAAUCCCACAAGUUAACAUCAUGACGAAGAUGGACCUGCUGAGUAAGAAAGCCAAAAAGGAAAUUGAGAAGUUUCUAGAUCCAGACAUGUACUCUCUGCUAGAAGAUUCAACAGGUGAUUUACGAAGCCAAAAAUUUAAGAAAUUGACAAAAGCUGUGUGUGGCUUGAUCGAUGACUACAGCAUGGUUCGGUUUCUGCCAUACGAUCAGUCAGACGAGGAGAGCAUGAACAUCGUGCUCCAGCAUAUCGACUUUGCCAUUCAGUAUGGCGAGGACUUGGAGUUUAAGGAGCCAAAGGAACAGGAAGAAGAGUCUUCCUCCAUGUUUGAUGAGUAUUUUCAGGAACGGCAGAACGAGUGAGGUUGACUGCACGGUGACCAUCUGAUUGUGGCUGUAGGAAUGCAUUUCUGGAGGAGGUGACUGGAAGCUGCUGCUUUUUUUAAUGUAAACAACACUGGACCCUCCCCGCAGUGUGCCUGGAUUGUGCUUGGAGCUUUGAAACCAUUACUCUUUCUUUUUCUUUUCUCUUUUUUCUUUUUUUUUUUUUUU